CUAUACACUAGUGACAGAAGAGACAGCCAAGAGUGAGUAAGAGCUACAGAAGUUGUUCAUCUCUCUAUUCCUGCUUAGCUUUUGCUUCUCUUAAUCCAAGGCUUACUAAUUCUCUUCUCUUUGGCUAUAGCUCUUAGUGUAGGAUCAUGUCUUUCUUGAGUGGUGUUGGAGAUGCUGUUGAUGGUUUGAAAGGAUUGCAGGAGCUCCCUGAGCUAGUUGAGGGCCAAAUCAGUAAGAUCCCUGACAAAAUUGGAGAUGAGCUGCAAAAGAUCCCAGAUCGUGUUGGAACCGAGCUUGAGAAAACAUCUGACAAGAUUCAAGAACAGCUUGCCAAAGUGUCUGAGACAGUUGAAGGAGAGCUGCCUAAAAUGAGCCAGCAAGUUGGCUCUCAAAUGGAAGGAAUUAACGAGCGCAUUCAAGAGCAACUUAAGAAUACUUCGCAAAUGGUCCAAGAAGAGCUACAGAAGGUUCCAGCCAUUGUCAGCGAAGAGCUCUCAGUUUUUCCACAGAAGAUGGUCUCAGCCAGUGCUAGUGUUUUGAAGGAGAGUGCCAAGGAAGGUUGCUAUGAUUGUAUGAGUGAAUACCCAGGUUGCUGGUGUUGUUGGUUAUGCUGCAAGUGUUGUCUCUGGACCUGCUGCUGUGGCUACUGCAAGUCUUGCUGUGGACCGCCUCCACGUAAUCCUCCACCUGCUCCCCAGCAGCAAAGACGUAACGAGGAACCUGUGAGACAGCAGCCUCGCCAGGCCAGACAGCAGCAACCAAAGACUCAAGAGGAGCCUCAAGCUGCAGUACCAAAGUCUGAAGAGCCGGUAGCUCAAGCAACAGCUGUUGAGCCGAAAGCCAAGGAACCGGAACCAAAAGCUGAGGAACCGGAACCAAAAGCUGAAGAACUGGAACCAAAAGCUGAGGAACCGGAACCAAAAGCUGAAGAACCCAAAUCUGAAUAAAUACCUGUACGACAGUACAAAACUAUUGCAUACUUUGUGUUCCUAAGCAGUGAAUUCCUAAGUAGAAUCAAUAGAAUAUUGUUAUCACCAUCAUUAUUAUUAUUAUUAUUUAUCACUAUUUUAAAUAAUUCAUUAGCUCA